GGGUGCAAUCCUGAACAACAUGACUGGAGAUGCCUCAAAUCCAACCAGAACAGAAUGAGUCCCAACAGAAAAACAGUGCCUCCUGGGCCCUUCCAUAAACCCAACCUGUCUGCUAACAAACAAAUACAGUUCCCCAAGCCAAUUCACUGGAGACCAGAAAGAAACACCCAUGUUUAAAAGCCUAAAUUUCUACCAAAAUGGAAACAGCAAGUGAUUAAACAUGGAAGAGAGGACAAAUAUCUCAAACAGGAGUGAGUGAAGGAGCAAAAAAGACUUGAGUGGAGCAGUGUGGACCAGGAAGAAGGACAGACUGGAGUGGGAUGAAGAAGGGUUUCCACACAGGAAUGAGCCUCAGAGUGACCAAAGGACAACAGGGAAGUACUGUGUUAUACGCUAUCUGCUGUCAACAACAUCAAGGGCAGAAUCUCAUUUACUAUUAUAUAGGCCCUGAACAUCUUUGUCCAUCUAACAUCAGGAUGGCGCAAACAAGUUGGCUGUACCUGGUGCUCCUUGUGACUCUAACAGGCUCCAAGGCUGACAAUACCCGUAGUGGCUUCUGGGAAUACCUAAGCCAGCUGACCAGCGACAAGGACAGAUGGGACCCACAGCAGCAGACAGCACAAGAGAUAAACACUCUUAAGGGUAGUUUCCAGAAUGGAGUUAAUUAUGUUGGCAAGUUCCUAAGACCACUGAAGAAUGGUUUUCAGCAACGCUUGUAUCAGGAUACCGAUGGCCUUCAAAGACUUAUUCGCAGAGAAUUACAAGAGCUUCGCAGAAAGAUAUACCCAUACAUGGAUGAGGCACACCAGAAAAUCAGCAAAAAUCUGGAGCAGUUACAAAGUCGCUUACUACCAUACACAAGUGAAUUAAAAGACCAGGUGGAAUGGGGAGCACAGGAGUUGCACCUUCAACUCAGGCCAUAUCAAGAUGAUCUGAAAAACUGGAAAAUGGAUAAACUAGCUGAAAAUUUCCAAGACCGCAUUAUUCUUCAUACAGGAAGAGUUAAGGAAGUUUUUUAUCCACUUACUGAACGAUUAGUGAAAGAGAUCCAUCAUGCUACAGAAGAAUUACAUUUAAAUCUUUUACCCCAUACACAAACAAACCAGGAGAAGCUAAGCCAACAGGUGCAGGAACUAUCUCAAAAACUUACUAGGAAUGCCAGGGAUCUUCAUGAGAAAAUCCAUAAGAAUCUGGAUGAGCUAAAGCAGCAGUUGGUGUCUUACCCUUAUCAGGUAAAAGAACAAUUCCCUAACAGACACAGUGGAGAACAUGUAGCCCCUUAUGUGGAUGAGAUGGCUGCUCAGGUACAGAAAGAGGUGGAGGAAUUCCAAAAAAGCACUAAGAUGCAGAUAGAGAACUUUACAAGGACCAUCAAUAGAGAGGCUGAGGAGAUACAAAACAAGUUAUCCCCUGCAUCUUGGGACUUUCAAGACAGUGUUGGCUCUGUAGAAGAUGUGCAAGAAAAACUGGAUUCUUUGUGGAAGGACAUAGCCCAGAGUCUGGACUAAUAAUAGGGCUUGGAAGUGAUAAAAAUGCACCAAACAUUUAUGAGACCACAGUAAAUUCAAGGCAUUCGCUUCAGCUACAGUAUCACUAAGCAAUUACGCUCAGUGGUCAAAGUGUAAUGGUACCUAUUGGUACAAAAUAGCUCAAGGUUUUGUUUACAAAUCAGGGACAUUCCAAUUUUAUAAUUCAGAGAGCUAAACACCACUGUAUUUUUUAUUUGAAUUCAUCCACAUUUCUAAUGGGAUUAGGCUUAAAGCAUUCUGUUUUAUAUUUAUAAAAUUGUUUAUAUUGUAUAGUGUAAUAAACUGUUUUUGUAAAGCCCCUGGAGUGUAAUGUACACAAUGUAGAAAUGUUGCCACCUUUUUCUGGAAAAAAACAUAAUAACCUUCCUAUAUGUUUGUCUUCCAUCCCUAACAGUGGCAUCAAGCAUUAUUUUUAUGGGCCAAGGCAGUAAAAUAUUAGCCAGGUGGCAACUAUAAAUGCAGAUGCAGGAUAUGUUACCAAUCUGGAAUUAGCCUAGAGUCAAUACUUGCUCAAAAUGAGUAUAGGCAUGUGUAUAUAUAGCUGUAUAUUCAUAUACAUGUGAAAUUGAUGUUUUACUGUAUAUAUGAUGUAACCAUAGUAGCUAUGACAAAGAAGGUGUUUGAUACCAAGUGGUAUUGGUCAAAAAGUCCGAGUAUCUGCAGUGGAUUACUUCCCAUUGACAUUAAUGGUAAAACAGGCUGAGUGUCCUCUACUGGUGAGUUACCUGUGGUACUCACUAGUCAUGUCAGUGGGAAGCUAUUUGCAAUGGGAAGAAGGCACCUUCAUAAUGUAUAUAAGUAGAAGUGCCUAUGUGCCACUGCAGCCUAUGUGCUAUUACAGGUUUGCAGUUUGUAAAGCAUAAAUGUACACAGUCAAAUGAAGUGAUUUUUAGGUAGCAGAGAAGGACUGUUUCAGAAAUUAUAAUGUGGAAACAUGUUGAAAACUUAAGUGUUAUGAUAUAUUGGCCAUAAACAAUAAUGCUUUUUUUGCUAAUUAUACAUUUUAAGAAAUAUGUCUGGACGACCAUUACCACUAAAACUAAAAAAAAAAAAAUGUGCGAUAUUCCAUGUUCUAAAGUAGCACUAUGUAAAGUGUAAAAGCAGUACCAAUUGCUAUAUUUCCCAGAAAUAUGUAUGUAUGUUAGUACACCAUUAUAAAUGUUUCUAAUAUAA